AUGGGUAUAGAUGCUAAUAUAUAUUUAACAACAAAUGACUACGUUGAAAUGCCAGAUACGGCUAAAACUAAUCAACUUUCAUUACGUACAACAACAAAUAGUCGUUGGCCAAGAAAAUGGGCAACAAUUGGUGGACGUAGUACAACAUCAUCAUCAACAACAAUGAUUCCAACAAAGGAUUCGGAUUCAAUUGAAAAUACUUCAAAAAAUAAAAAGAAUAAUAAUAAUAAUAAUAAUGAUCAUCGUCAUUCAACAUCUUUAUUACGUCAAUCAUCAACAAUAAGUCGAACAAAUGAUAGAUCAAUACCACUUAAUGAAAAUUCUGAUCAUCCAUUAAAAAAGUCUCGUUCAUUAAUGGAUGUAUUACGUUCAAAAUUAAAUUCUCCAUCUGUACUUCGUCGUUUCCGUUCAAAAUCACGUGAAAGUACAAAACAAACCGUAAUAGAAAUCAAUGGACAUACAACAAAUGAACAAAUAGAAAUGAAACAAUCAAAUAAUGAACAAAUAACAGCAAGAAAAUCAAGAAAACGUGAUCCAUCACCAAUAAAACGUUUUACUAAUCGUCUUUCACAAUUAACACGACAUCAAAGAGCAAUAUCUAAUGAAAGACAAAAACAAUCACCGUCAAAAUCAAUUAUAAAUGAUUCAAAUAAUAAUGAAACAAAACAAUCUUCAACAUCAAUACAUAAUCAAGACAAAAUUGAUCAUAUAAAUGCAUGUUAUGAUGAAAUUCGUGCGAAAUAUUUUCAUGAUAAUGAUAUAAAAAAACAAAAUAUAUCAAAUAAUAAUGAAAAUAAUUCAUUAUUAAAUAAUGAUUUUUUAAAUAAUUUUCAAUAUACAACGUUACCAUUACCAUUAGAUGAUCCAUUACUUCAAGCACGUAAACAAUCAAAUAUGAAAUUAAAUUGUAUGUUAAGUGGUUAUACAUUAACAAAAUCAUUUGCUAAUUAUGAAAGAUUAUUUGGUCAAAAUGAUUUAUUUAAAUAUAAUCAUUAUUAUGAUGUUGGAAAAAGAAAAUAUGAUUGGAAUUUUACAAAUAAUAAUAAUAGAAUAUUUUCUAGUAUGAGAACAAAACCAAUUAGUAAAAGUAUUGAUAAUUUUAGACAUAUCAAUACAAAUGAAAAUCAAGUAUCAGUAACAUUGGAAAAGACUAAUAUUGUUAAUGAUGAUUCGUUAGUUCAAAGAGAAAAUAAUGAAGAUGUUACAAGGAUAUUACCCGAUGACAAUGAACUUAUCAUUCUUGAAGACAGUGAUUUAAUUGAUUCAGAAAAAAAUAUAUUACAUCAUGUAUCAAAUAUUCAUGUAACACCAACUAUUCCAAUUAAUGUUAAAACAUUUGUUUCAACAUCUUCAAAUCAAUCUGAUAAGAAUAAAACAAUUUCAAAUGAACAUUCUAAUGAAGAAAACGAUGAAGAAUUUGAACGAAAUUUUUUACGUGCAGUUAAUCGAGCACUUGGUGUUGUUAAUAAAGAUGAUAAAAAUGAAUUAACACCACCAUUGUAUGAUAUAUCAAAAGAAACAGAGGAAUCUCAUUUGAAUCUUAUUCAAAUGACUGAACAAGCACUUCUAUCACUUAAUAAUUCAACAUUAUUUACGAAUGAUGAUCAAACAACCGAACAAAAAGAUGAUAGUAUAGAAUUACCAAAUGUUGAAUUAGUUAAUCAUACUAAUGAAUCUUUUAAUAUAGAAGAUAUAUCAAUGAUUACUAAUGAAAACCAACAAGAAAUAAAUAAUGAUAAUAAUUUUAUUAAUGAAGAAAAUAAUAUCUUGUCAGUUAUUGAUGAUUUAGUACAAAAAACUGAUGAUUUAUUAUUUGAAGAAUCCAAGGUAAGCUCAACAAAUGACUAA